CAGAAUGAAACUAGGGUUUUGGGGAUUUAUAAUAAUCGUCUUACCCUAAGUUUCACCUCUGCGUCUCUCAACUUCGAUCGAUCUUCGUCUUCUCUGGUUUAUAGAACUUUGUGAAGGAGUAAAGAUGCAGAACGAGGAAGGACAGAUCACUGAGCUUUACAUUCCUAGGAAGUGUUCUGCUACAAACAGAUUGAUAACUGCUAAGGACCAUGCCUCGGUUCAGAUUAACAUUGGGCAUUUGGAUGAGAAUGGUGUUUACAAUGGCCACUUCUCCACUUUUGCUCUCUGUGGCUUCAUUCGUGCUCAGGGCGAUGCUGACAGUGCACUAGAUCGCUUGUGGCUAAAGAAGAAGGUUGAAGUGAAGCAACAGUAGAUGCUUAUGAUAGUUUGCUUCUCUAUUAUGUAUUAAGUUCUACUAUUGCUAGAGAUAUUUGAGUACUAUGAUCUAAAUUUUGAUCAAUACUUUUUCUGAAUUUCUGUUCGUACCUUCAACUAAAAUUGCUCUUUGACUGUUUUUUGACAAUGCCUUGAUGAAUUUUCGGUUUUUUCAUAUU